AUAAAAAACCGUCCACUGGGAGGGCAUUGCGGCAGACAAACCUCUGAGGAAUCUAAGGUGAAUUUUUAUCUACAUGCCUCUCUUUCCUCUCUGCAAAGGAUUCGAGCCAGACCUUUGUCCUGCAGUCUUACUUCCACCAGAAUGAAAUCGUGUAGAUUCCCCUCUCUGGAAUCUAUCCUCCUCUCCCUGCUGCUUUUCCAGCAGGUAUGGGCUCAAUUUCCACGCGAGUGUGCCACUGUGGAGGCUUUGCGAAGUGGCACGUGCUGCCCGGAUCUGUCCCCCUCGGCUGGGCCGGGGACAGACCGCUGCGGCUCCUCCUCAGGGCGGGGCAGGUGUGACGCGGUGACUGCAGACUCGAGACCCCACAGCCGACAGUACCCGCAUGACGGCAGAGACGAUCGAGAGAGGUGGCCCUUGCGAUUCUUCAACAGGACGUGUCACUGCAACGGCAAUUUCUCGGGACACAACUGCGGGGCGUGCCGUCCUGGGUGGGCAGGAAGUGCCUGCAACCAGCGGGUUCUCACAGUCAGAAGAAAUCUUCUGGACUUGAGUAGAGAGGAAAAGAACCACUUUGUCCAGGCCCUGGACAUGGCAAAGCACACCACACACCCACAGUACGUCAUUGCCAUCAGGAGAUCGGAAGAAAUACUGGGACCCGAUGGCAGCACUCCACAGUUUGAGAACAUUUCCAUUUAUAACUACUUCGUUUGGACACACUAUUACUCCGUCAAAAAGACUUUCCUUGGGCCAGGGCAGGAAAGCUUUGGCGAAGUGGAUUUCUCUCAUGAGGGACCAGCUUUUCUCACCUGGCACAGGUAUCACCUCCUGCAGCUGGAGAAAGAUAUGCAGGACAUGUUACAGGAGCCUUCUUUCUCCCUGCCUUACUGGAAUUUUGCAACUGGGAAAAACGUCUGCGAUAUCUGCACUGAUGACUUGAUGGGCUCGAGAAGCAGCUUCGAUUCGACUCUAGUCAGCCCCAACUCCGUCUUUUCUCAGUGGCGAGUGAUCUGCGAGUCCCUGGAAGACUAUGACUCUCUGGGAACUCUUUGUAACAGCACUGAAGGCGGGCCCAUCAGGAGAAACCCGGCUGGAAAUGCAGGGAGACCCAUGGUGCAGCGCCUUCCCGCACCGCAGGACGUCGCCCAGUGCUUGGAGGUCGGCCUGUUUGACACACCUCCUUUCUACUCCAACUCCACAGACAGCUUCCGGAACACAGUCGAAGGUUACAGUGAUCCCACAGGAAGAUACGACCCUGCUGUCCGAAGUCUGCACAAUCUGGCCCAUCUAUUCCUGAAUGGAACGGGAGGACAAACCCAUUUGUCUCCAAAUGACCCUAUUUUCAUCCUCCUGCAUACUUUCACUGACGCAGUCUUUGAUGAAUGGCUGAGGCGACACAAUGCUGAUAUAUCCACGUUCCCACUGGAAAACGCCCCUAUUGGCCAUAAUAGACAGUUUAACAUGGUACCGUUCUGGCCGCCAGUCACCAACAGAGAAAUGUUUGUUAUCGCUGCAGACAACCUCGGGUACACUUAUGAAGUGCAAUGGCCAGGCCGCAAUUUUAGUGUCUCUGAGAUUAUUACUAUAGCAGUCAUUGCUGCUUUAUUACUGGUCGGAAUCAUUUUUGUGGGUGUCUCUUGUCUGAUUCGUGCCAAGAGCAACAAGGACGAAGCCAGUCAACCUCUCCUCAUUGACCAGUAUCAACACUAUGCUGAAGAAUAAAGAACAAUCCAGAAUCCUAAUCAGCCUAUGACCUGAUGACAAGCUACUCCCCCUCUUACACAUGAGUGUCAGGACACAACCUGAUUGAAAAUGAGUGGAUUGAGAGACUGAGUAGAUUUUCCUUCACUUUGUUACUCUUUUACACAAGCAUAUGUUAUAAGUAAAGCAUUAUUUUUCAAAGCUGAAAAGAGUAAUUCAGAAUCUUGGCAAUGAUUUCUAAUUGUUAUCUCUAUUUAAAAUGUUCAGUUGCACCGACUCCAUGACAUUUGAAAGCUAGUGAGAUGAUCUUUGGCGCAUUUUAAAGCUUGACUAUACAAUAUAAAUUGCCUGCUAUGCUUUGUGUAUGUGUAAAGGAAAAUAAAGUCCGAUAGUAGUCUUUUUUAAACGCACAACUAAGCACUUCCACACUGUUAAAAUGUAAAAGCCUUUUCAUUACUGAUCUAGAUCAACAGACAUGUGAGCAGCAGCAUUUAUUAGUUAAAAUAAAUU